AUCCUAAUUAAAAUCUUGCAAAUAAAAAGAAGCUCUUCUCUAGUCCCUGGUUAGAUUUCCAUGGAUCUCCACAUCUUCUUCUUGCCAUUUCUUGCCCCGGGCCAUAUGAUUCCCAUGAUCGACCUUGCUAGGCUCUUCGCUGACCGUGGAGCCAAGGCCACCAUCAUCACAACCACUGCAAAUGUCCCCCUCAUCCAACCGACCAUAGACCUCGCCAACAAUUCUCUCCAACACCAAAUCCAGCUCCUUGCCAUUCCCUUCCCCUAUUCAGAAUCAGGCAUCCUUGAAGGCCAUGAAAACAUUACCGCCUUCUCCAACCCAGACCUCACCCCUGAAUUCUAUGCGGCCAUCUGCAUGCUCGAGGCUCCCUUUAGGCAGCUUGCCAAUGACCACCACCCCGACUGCAUCAUAUCCGACGUCUUCUACCCGUGGUCGGCCAGCCUCGCCCUUGAGCUCGGCAUACCAAGGCUUCUCCUCCACAUUACGAGCUUCUUCUCUAUCAUCCUCGUCGGUGCCAUCGGUCGUCUCAAGCCCCACGAGAGCGUCGCUAGCGACGAGCAGCCCUUUGUUGUGCCGGAGAUUCCCCAUCGGAUUGAGAUGACACGGUCGCAGCUCCCGGGCUUCAUUAUAGGAACCCCACUUAGCGACUUCUAUAAACAGUUGGGUGACUCCCAUCGCUCGACUUAUGGCACGAUAGUAAAUAGCUUCCAUGAGAUGGAGCACGACUAUGUCGAUCAACUUAAGGAGAGAGGCGACAUGAAACUGUGGCAAGUCGGCCCGGUGUCGCUACGCAAUCAGAACCUGCAUGAUAAACUAGUGAGAGGACACAAGGCCUCCGCGGACUGCGACCGCUGCUUGAGUUGGCUGGAUACUAAGAAGCCGAGAUCGGUUCUCUACAUCUGUUUUGGGAGCUUAGGUCGAUUCACCCGCACUCAGCUUUGCGAGAUUGCUUCGGGCCUCGAGGCUUCGGCGCACCCGUUCAUUUGGGUGGUGAGAUAUGGCGGUGAACCGUCGGAAUGGCUGCCGGAGGGGUUUGAGGAGAGGGUGAUAUGUAGAGGGAGAGGAUUGAUCAUAAGUGGAUGGGCACCUCAGCUACUUAUAUUGAACCAUGAAGUCGUCGGGGGAUUUGUGACGCACUGUGGCUGGAACUCCUGCAUGGAAGGUGCGAGCGCCGGAUUGCCGAUGAUCACUUGGCCGCUCUUUGGCGAGCAAUUCUUCAAUGAGAAGCUGAUUGUGGAUGUUCUCAGGAUCGGGAUUGCGAUCGGGGCGAAGGUAUGCCGUAGCAAGGAGGAAGAGAGGAUGAUGGUGAGGAGGGAGGAGAUAAGGAGGGCGGUAAAUGAGUUGAUGGGAAGCGGAGAGGAAGCGGAUGGGAGGAGAGAGAGAGCAAGGGAGGUAGGGAAGAUGGCAAGGAGAGCUGUGGAGGAGGGGGGUGGUUCUUAUAAUGAAUUGAGCAGUUUGAUAGAGGAUUUGCUUAGUCUUAAAGCUGGUAAGAUCCAGUCUGCUAAGGCUGGAGAAUGAUCCAACUUCAGUGUUCAUUGGCUUGGGCGAAGAGCUGCAAUAAAUUUGGUGCCUUGAAUGUAAUUUUUGGGUGUAGCGCAGGUUUAGAGUGGUCUGAUCAUCUCUAAUCCAUAACGUAUUUUUGUUUGGGAAUAAAGUUGAAGGUCGCACAUCUCAUCACUGCUCAGUUCCCUUUCCUCUGCUGAAACUGCUCGACCCGGCUCAGCGGUUUUCCUGAGUCGCCCUAGACCAAUGCCUGAGUCGGCUCCAUCGUCGGCCUAUUGGUCCUUUGGGGGAGAUUGCCGCCAUGCCAGCUUCUGCCACCCGUCAAAGUCCAACGGCGAGCCAAAAGAGCUCGAACGGUUAGGGAGGACUGCAGCCAAGAGGAUAAUGACUUCUGAGUUGACUCGGCCAUCUUUCUCGGCCACGAUGGCCCCUUUAGGAUAAAAUCGGGAGCCCAUGGCUAGCAAAUAAGGCUUUUGGAGGAGGAUGCUUGGAUGCAAAAGUUUUCAAAGCAUUUAUUUGGAUUUGGAAUUCUCACUCCAAUCCACAAACUGGCACGAAACACAAACACAACGUAAACCCAAUCAUGCAUGCGUUGGCUGUGGAACCAAAGUCAAACCCAUUGAAACUUUUGGGUUAGGUUUGGUUUUGAGGUUAACCUAUGGUGUAGUCCAAUGACUGUCUCCUCUCAUAAAGUUAAAAAUAAAAAAAUAAAAAGAUAAAACCAGAGUAGUCUGCCAAAAGUCUUGACAGGACUCUGGUGGAGGCCUCUUGAAAAA